AUGCCGGUGGCGGACGCGGGCGGCACGUGGCGGCACGCGGUGCGCCUCACCGCCGACUCGCGCUCCACACUCACGCAGGGCAACUUCGAGAUCACCUCGCUGCUCGCCUGGGACGAUAGGAGAAAAUUUCUAUACGUGAUGGGCACGGGCAUGGAGUGGGGCGGCGCGGGGUCGCGGCACCUGUACCGCGUGUCGGUGCCGGGCGACCCCGCCGCGUGGCCCGCGCCCCCCGCCUGCCUCACCUGCCCCCGCGCCGCCGCCCCCGACGGCCCCGACGCCACCGACGCCCCGCCCGACAUGGAGGACGAGAACUCGACUUCCUCGUUACCGUGGUGGCCGACGUCGACGGUGCUGCCACAUGUAUCAGACGAGAACGACUCGUUGCCCACCGAGUGCCUCUACAAUAGAAUUAUGUUCAGCAAAAACUACUCAUAUUACGUGCAGGAGUGCCUGGGCCCGGGCGCGCCGGCCGCGCGCUCGUGCGCGCCGGCGCCCUCUACACGCACCAGGUGUAUCCAGACGAGGGUCAUGACUUCGAGCGCUCCUCCAUGCACCUGCACAGGACGAUGGAGCAGUUCUUUGACGAGUGUUUCGGGCCCGUCGAGGUGGCCGACUGGGACGCGGGGGGCAUGGGAGGAUUGUUCCCCUUCAGGGACUAGGGGGAGGAGGGAUGCCCUUGCGACGACAUUUAACAUCUCUUCUAGGGUCAUUAACAGUAAAUAGCCUUCAAAAUCCGGUCCCUUCAAAAUAAGAUAA